AUGGAGCCGCUGAGCCACCGCGGCCUGCCCCGGCUCUCCUGGAUCGACACCCUCUACAGCAACUUCAACUAUGGUGCGGAUGAGUACGACGCCGAGGGCAACGAGGAGCCUAAGGCACUGCCGGAGGGCUCGGAAACCAUGCCCUACAUCGAUGAGUCGCCCACCAUGUCCCCCCAGCUCAGCGCCCGCGGCCAGGAGACCGGGGACGGUGUCUCCCCCACGCCCACUGAUGGCCUUGGCACAGGGCGGGAUGCUGGGAAAGGCCUGGAGAUGCGGAAGCUGGUGCUCUCUGGCUUCCUGGCCAGCGAGGAGAUCUACAUCAACCAGCUGGAGGCCCUCUUGUUGCCUAUGAAGCCACUGAAGGCCACAGCCACCACGUCGCAGCCUGUCCUCACCCUCCAGCAGAUUGAGACAAUUUUCUACAAGAUCCAGGACAUCUAUGAGAUCCACAAAGAGUUCUAUGACAGCCUGUGCCCAAAGGUGCAGCAGUGGGACAGCAACAUCACCAUGGGCCACCUCUUCCAGAAGCUGGCCAGCCAGCUGGGGGUCUACAAGGCCUUUGUGGAUAACUACAAAAUUGCACUGGAGACAGCAGAGAAGUGCAGCCAGAGCAACUACCAGUUCCAGAAGAUCUCAGAGGAGCUGAAGGUGAAGGGCCCCAAGGACUCGAAGGAGAGCCACACGUCCGUCACGAUGGAGGCACUGCUGUACAAACCCAUUGACCGGGUGACGCGGAGCACCCUCGUCCUGCAUGACCUUCUCAAGCACACCCCUGCUGACCACCCUGACUACCCACUGCUCCAGGACGCCCUCCGCAUCUCGCAGAACUUCCUCUCCAGCAUCAAUGAGGACAUUGAUCCCCGGAGGACAGCGGUCACCACCCCCAAGGGAGAGACCCGGCAGCUUGUCAAGGAUGGCUUUUUGGUGGAGCUGUCGGAGGGCUCGCGGAAGCUGCGGCACGUCUUCCUCUUCACCGACGUGCUGCUCUGCGCCAAGCUGAAGAAGGCAGCCGUGGGGAAGCAACAGCAGUACGACUGCAAAUGGUACGUGCCCCUGGCCGACCUGGUGUUCCCCUCGCCGGAGGAGUCAGAGCACUGCCCGCAGGUCCAUGUCAUCCCUGACCAUGAGCUGGAGGACAUGAAGAUGAAGAUCUCGGCCAUCAAGAGCGAGGUGCAGAAGGAGAAAGCCAACAAGGGGCAGAGCCGGGCCAUCGAGCGCCUCAAGAAGAAGAUGUUUGAGAACGAAUUCUGGCUGCUCCUCAACUCGCCUGCCAUCCCCUUCCGCAUCCACAACCGCAACGGGAAGAGCUAUCUCUUCCUGCUGUCAUCUGACUAUGAGAGGUCUGAGUGGAGGGAAGCCAUUCAGAAACUGCAGAAAAAGGACCUCCAGGCCUUUGUCCUGAGCUCAGUGGAGCUGCAGGUGCUGACAGGAUCCUGCUUCAAGCUGCGCACUGUCCACAACAUUCCAGUCACCAGCAACAAGGAUGAUGAUGAGUCCCCCGGGCUCUAUGGGUUCCUGCAUGUCAUCGUCCACUCCGCCAAGGGCUUCAAGCAGUCUGCCAACCUUUACUGCACGCUGGAGGUGGACUCCUUUGGCUACUUUGUCAGCAAAGCCAAGACCAGGGUUUUCCGGGACACCACCGAGCCACAGUGGAAUGAGGAGUUUGAGAUCGAGCUGGAGGGCUCCCAGUCCCUGCGCAUCCUCUGCUAUGAGAAGUGCUAUGACAAGACUAAGCUCAACAAGGACAACAACGAAAUUGUGGACAAGAUCAUGGGCAAAGGGCAGAUCCAGCUGGACCCACAGGCUGUGCAGACAAAGAACUGGCACAUGGAUGUGAUUGAGAUGAAUGGGAUCAAGGUGGAGUUCUCCAUGAAGUUCACAAGCAGAGACAUGAGCCUGAAGAGGACUCCAUCCAAAAAACAGACUGGAGUCUUCGGGGUCAAAAUCAGUGUGGUGACAAAGCGUGAGCGCUCCAAGGUGCCUUACAUCGUGCGCCAGUGCAUCGAGGAGGUGGAGAAGAGGGGCAUCGAAGAGGUUGGCAUCUACAGGAUCUCUGGUGUUGCCACUGACAUCCAGGCGUUGAAAGCUGUCUUUGAUGCAAAUAACAAGGACAUCCUGGUCAUGCUGAGUGACAUGGACAUCAAUGCCAUCGCCGGCACGCUGAAGCUGUACUUCCGUGAGCUGCCUGAGCCCCUCCUCACUGACAGACUCUACCCUGCCUUCAUGGAGGGCAUCGCCCUCUCAGAUCCUGCUGCCAAGGAGAAUUGCAUGAUGCACCUUCUCCGCUCGCUGCCCGACCCCAACCUCAUCACCUUCCUCUUCCUGCUGGAGCACUUGAAAAGGGUCGCUGAAAAGGAGCCCAUCAACAAAAUGUCUCUCCAUAACCUGGCCACAGUCUUUGGGCCAACACUGCUGAGACCCUCAGAGGGAGAAAGCAAGGGACACCUCACCCUGGCCUCCGACAUCUGGUCCCACGAUGUGAUGGCUCAGGUCCAGGUCCUUCUCUACUACCUGCAACAUCCUCCUAUCUCCUUCACUGAGCUGAAACGCAACACACUUUACUUCUCCACGGACGUGUAGCCUGCAGGAAG